ACACAAAACACCUGCCCUCUACCCAGUUAAAGGAGGAGUCACUGUGAAGUAGAGAAGCAAAGGAGCCUGCAGCAGAAGCUGACCUGAACUGAACAUACAGAAGAAACAAUUCGUGCUAAGACUAAGGAGUGUGAAAGAAAGCAAAUUCUAUGUUUCAGUCGUAACCGCUUUACCAGAGAUGUUAUUUCUUGUAACUCUGCUGCUGCCAUCCAUGCUCACUGAAGGAAGGGUUUUGACACAGACUGGAAAAGAAACUACCAUGUCUGCUGAUCACAAGACAAACCACAAGGCUGACUUGGAAAAAAAUGACUCCCAAGGAGAACGAAACACGCAAGAGGCCUUUGAGAUGAUCCUCUGUGCCUUCAAUCAAGAAAAAAUGUUGCUUAAAGACCAAGCAAAUUCUGGUCAACAUGAGUUAAAACUGUCUAAAUUCUUUACUGCCCUGAGUAAAUGUGGUGCUCAGAAUUAUCAAGUGGACACAGUAAAUUACAGAAUUAUACCCCAUAUUUACCCCUUGCAUUCACCCAAAUAAAAUGAGAAUGUAGACUGUAAA